AUGAAGCUUUACUCACUUCAAGUUUUAUACAAGCAGGAUAAUCAAGUCAAACAACUGCAGGGUGUUGAGGACCUUUCCAGUUUUAGUUUCUUCCAACGCGGAAGUUUGUUGGAAUUUCUCAAUUUCACGGCCAAACUUGUGUGCGAAAGGACAAACGUAUGUGAACGCACUAUUGUUCAGGAACAAGACUACUUUUGCCAUGUCUACGUCCGGCACGACAAUUUGUGCGGUAUUCUCUUCUCUGAUCUGGAAUAUCCCCAACGAGUUGCUCAGACGCUUCUAACAAAGGUGUUUCUCCACACUUUUCCAUUAUAUUUCACUUUCACUUGUCAUGUCUGCAUACGAGGUAUAAGGUAUCAAUGCUUCAAGUACUUUAAAGCCCUGAAAGUUUGA